AUGGAGUCCGCCGUGGACUCAGCGUCGACCGCGAGCGAAGUGAGCGGCUCGUCGGGCGGGUCGCCGCGUGUGAAGGCGGCGUCGCCAGCGCGCGCCAUGAGCCCGCCGGCGCUGCUGGCGCCGCGGCUGCCGCUGCCGCCGCCCGGCCUGGGCUUGCUCGGCUCCCUGCAGAUGAUGCACCACUCGCCGCUCGAGCUCAUGGCGGCCGCGCACCACCACGGCCCGCCGAGAUACGGCAGCCCGCCGCCCAUCUCCACCUCCGACCCCUCCGCCAACGAGUGCAAGCUUGUCGACUACCGCGGACAGAAGGUCGCCGCCUUCAUCAUCCAGGGUGACACGAUGCUCUGCUUGCCCCAAGCGUUCGAACUCUUCCUGAAGCAUCUCGUGGGGGGCUUACACACAGUGUAUACGAAACUGAAACGGCUGGACAUAGUGCCGCUGGUGUGCAACGUGGAACAGGUGCGAAUCCUACGCGGGCUCGGCGCUAUCCAGCCGGGCGUUAACCGCUGCAAGCUGCUCUCGUGCAAGGACUUCGACGUGCUGUACCGGGACUGCACCACCGCAAGGUGCCUGUCAAUGAAAGCGCCAGACAGCUCCAGACCGGGCCGACCACCGAAACGCGCGUCCGGUGUUGGUCUCACACUCGCAGCCACGCAGUUCCCCGGGCAUCCGUUCAAGAAACAUCGGUUGGAGAACGGUGAUUAUUCGCCCUACGAGAACGGACAUAUGAGCGAAAUGAGCCGCAUGGAGAAGUCACCGCUCCUCGCCAACGGGUACAACGCACCACCGACUCACUUGGGACCCAUGGGUUUUAUGCAUCAACACGCACUCAUGUCCCCGGGCAUGCCGCAUCCAGGUGUACCUAGACCUGACGGAUCCAUCAUAAAGGGCCAACCGAUGCACAAUAUGGAAGCUCUUGCAAGAUCUGGUAUUUGGGAGAAUUGUAGAGCAGCUUACGAAGACAUCGUUAAACAUCUAGAAAGGUUACGCGACGAGAGAGGCGACAUUGAACGCGUCAUAGCCAUGGAUAAAGCACGCGAGGGUUCACACAAUGGUUCUUCCCCAGGACAUAGUCCUGUCCUUAACUUAUCUAAAUCUGGGUCUGGUGGCGAUCGCGACCGACAAGAACGGGGUGAUCGCGAUCGAGGCGAAAGGGGCGAUGGCUCCGCCAGCGGCAGAAGUUCCGCUGCCUCCCCUCGCACCCCUCAGCCCCCGCGGCUGCCCUCCACUGCUACUGCGGCAGCUUCUCCUCACUCACAUACUGACGAAAGCGACGCAGCCUUGUCUGAUCAAGACGACCACAACGUUAAAGAUGAAGAUGAUGGUGCAGAUUUGAGCGACGGUGAGCACGAGCCCGCGUCGUCUUCGCCAGCGCCGGUGAGCUACGCGGCGGCGACCACCACACCGCCGUCGGUGCCCGUCGACCCCACCGCCGAUACACUGGUCUCCUCCACCGAAACACUACUGCGCAACAUACAAGGCUUGCUCAAGGUCGCCGCUGAUAACGCCCGCCAGCAGGAGAGGCAGAUCAGCUACGAGAAAGCUGAAUUGAAGAUGGAUGUACUUAGAGAACGGGAGGUGAAAGACAACCUGGAGAGACAAUUACUCGACGAGCAAAAAAUGAGAGUUAUGUACCAAAAGCGGCUCAAGAAAGAACGGAAACAACGACAACAGAUCCAGGAACAGUUAGAGAAUGAACUGAAAAGGCGGCAGAAGAUAGAGGAAGCGCUUAAACAGUCCGGUGCUCCUGCAGAAAUACUCAGAAUUGUCACUGAGAACAUGAGUCCAUCAACGCAAGAGACCCGAUCGGAACGCGAGAACGGUUCAGAAAGCAAGCCGCCUAGUGCUGAGCCUCCGCCAGCGUCACCUCCGUUCUCCCGCGAGCCUCCUCGCACGCCCGAUAAGCCACAAUGGAGCUACCCGCCCCCGCCCGUGGACAUCAUGCCCGGUGGAGCGGCUUUCUGGCAAAACUACUCCGAAUCCUUGGCGCAAGAGUUGGAAAUGGAGCGCAAGUCCCGUCAACAGGCCAUGGAACGUGAUGUGAAGAGUCCUUUGUCAGAACGUGCCAGCUACUACAAAAACUCAGUGCUGUUCAGCUCGGCCACUUAG